AUGUCUUGCUACAGCGAGUCCUGCAGCCCCUGUGGGGUGACCUGCCCUCAGCCGGUUGCUGAGAGCUACAAUGAGCCGUGUGUGCAGCAAUGCCCCGACUCCCGAGCAGUGAUCUUCCCCCCACCGGCCGUGGUGACAGUCCCAGGCCCCAUACUCAGCUCUUUUCCUCAGGAGAGCAUCGUGGGAUCAUCAGGCCCAGCCUGGCUGGGGAGUUCCUUCAGUUCUCAAAGCUCCCGGGGCUCUGGGGGCUCCUUUGGCCUGGGGGGCUCUGGGAGAUCCUUGGGCUAUGGGAGCUCACGGAGUUAUGGGGGCUCCUUUGGUCUGGGGGGCUCUGGGGGUUAUGGGAGCUCCCUGGGCUCUGGGGGCUGGUCUGGCUCUGGGGGCUCCCGGGGCUCUGGGAGUUCCUUUGGCUUGGGGGGCUCUGGGAGAUCCUUGGGCUAUGGGAGUUCACGGAGUUAUGGGGGCUCCUUUGGUUUGGGGGGCUCUGGGGGGUAUGGGAACUUUGGGGGCCCUGGGGGCUGGGUUGCCCCCCUGGGGUCCCUGGGCAACGGGAGGUCCUACAGCUCCGGCUUCUCCUCCUGUGGCACGGGCUAUUACCUCCCUGGCACCCAGAGGUGGGGCAGGUCGCGUCGCGGGAGCUGUGGGGCUUUCUAA